AUGACGAAGAAUCAUGCAUCCAUUGCCACUGUCUUUUUCUGUGGGAUUGUUUUGAUCUUUGUGCAAGUUGCAUUGUCAAAUAAUUACCGGUCAAUUGGCUGUUACCGAGAUCGUGCUGCCCGUGCUAUACCAACGCUCGAGGGACAAGAUCCCAUCCUUGAUGGUAACUACUGGACAAGGCAAAACCCCAUCGAGAAAUGCUAUAACGCAGCUAAAAAGAGAGGAUUUAGGGUGUUUGCAGUUCAAAAUGGUGGGUGGUGUGCAUCUAGUUUCUCGGCUGCUGAGACUUUCAACCAAUAUGGCGGAUCGUCGGCCUGUGGGCAAGAUGGCGAAGGUGGACCUUGGGCUAAUCAAGUUUAUUACAUCAAAGGUUACGGAAGUUUUGGUUGCUAUAAAGACACCUAUGUUCGUGCAAUCAAUACCUUGGAAGGAAAAGAUGCUAUUCUUGAUGGCCAUUACUGGCAACGAAAAAACCCUAUCGCAAAAUGUGCCGUGGCUGCUAUUAGAGCGGGUUACAGUAUGUUUGCAGUGCAGAAUGGUGGAUGGUGUGCAUCAAGCAGAUUGGCUGAGGAGACGUUCAACAAGUAUGGCAGAUCGUCUGCUUGUCGGUCAGAUGAUGAAGGUGGACCCUGGGCCAAUCAGGUUUAUACAUUGAAAGCUCCUCAAUUUGAAACAAUUGGGUGUUAUCAAGAUCGUGCUAGCCGUGCCAUACCAACACUCGAGAAUAAAGAAUCCAUCCUUGAUGGUAACUACUGGACAAGGCAAAACCCCAUCGAGAAAUGCUAUGAAGCAGCGAAAAAGAGAGGAUUUAAGGUGUUUGCAGUUCAGAAUGGUGGGUGGUGUGCAUCUGGUUUCUCGGCUAUUAAGACUUUCAACAAAUAUGGUAGAUCGUCUGCCUGUAAGCAAGAUGGCGAAGGUGGGCCUUGGGCUAAUCAAGUUUAUUACAUCAAAGAUUACAAAUCCAUUGGGUGUUAUAGAGACACCAAUAAACGCGCAAUCCAGAGUCUAGAAGGAAACGAUUCUAUCCUGGAUGGGCGUUAUUGGCAUAGAAAAGAUCCUAUCACAAAAUGUGCCGUGGCUGCCAUGAGAGCGGGUUACAAAAUGUUUGCAGUUCAGAAUGGUGGCUGGUGUGCAUCAAGUGCUACUGCGCCAAUGACCUUUGGCAAAUAUGGAAAAUCCACGGCUUGUAAGCAGGAUGGGGAAGGCGGACCAUGGGCUAACCAAGUUUAUUUUCUCUUGUAA